AUGUCGUCGCCGUGGAAAAAGCAGCCCGAGGACGUGGUCGACUGCGUUUUGAAGAGGGCCGAAGUGAGCAAAAUUGCUCGUCGUUUGCAAAACCGUCUCGCCCUCGCUCAGUUCAAGACCAAGCAUGGCUGGGAGGACUUGACCCUCGACUCCAUCGAGCCUAAGAUGGAGGAAGAAAUUCGCCGCAAGAAGCUCUACGAGGGUGAUGUCCUCUCCGAUUCCUCGUCCAGCGCUUCCGACCUCCCAUACCCGACCAAAACACUCAUGAGCUCCCCCCUCAAGGCACCAAUCUUUUCAGAUGCCAUUGGUUCCAGCAACGGAAGCUCAGGCCAUCGAAAGCGCACAUACAUCGGAUCAUUCGACAAUGUCUCGUCUAGCCCUAGCAAGCGCUUCCGUGCUUCGCCUACGCUUCACAAGUCAUUUCAGGGCUACAGCUCUUGGAAGGAUGCUCACCAGUUGGCGCAGUCGUCCCCUAUCAAACCCCGCAGGCAGCAGCACUUUACCACAUCCGCCGGUCCUGAUGUGUCUUUUUUCCGCCAGCGUCGCAUGACCAACGAGUUGGCGUCACCCAAUUUCGCUGCUGCUUCCGACGACGAUGAAGAUCUUCUACCGGCCCAUUCGUUUAACAUUAACAAUUUGAGAUCGUCGCCACCGCGCACUCCUCCUAUGCAGACCCGGUCUCUAUCUAAUAAGCGCAAAGGACAUGGCAGCCCUGCGGCCAACGGCAAGACGGGUGAAGAGGGCGCCGAUUUGCUCCUCUACCUCGCUGCUUCUCCUUCUCCUGCCGUCAAGGCCAACAGAGGACGCAUGGAGCGCCUGACUACCCCGCCCCCCAAGAGCAACAAGCUCGAUCUGCCGUCGUCCAUGAUGAUGACACCUGGCGGCGGAAAUCUCUUCCCCAACACACCUGGUCAAGGUUUUGACUUUGCCGAUUUUGUCAACAUCACACCAAGCCCGGCACAGAAGCAAUGGAGGACCCCUGGUCCCACGAGCACAUCCCGCACACCGAUGAGCAUUGCUAGAAGGCGGCUUACCUUUGACGACCCCAUCGCGUAA